AUGGCCUACAACACGCCCUACAAGGAGGGUGGUGCUGGCUUCAACGAGUCGUCAACUGGCUUCAUCCAGCCACCACGAGCCCCAGUUCCCAAGAAGAAGGGCGUCAGUCCCUGGAUCAAGUUUGGUGUCCCAGUCAUCAUCGUCAUUGCCAUCGCUGCCGUCGUUGGAGGUGUCUUGGGCAGCAGGAAGAGCUCGUCGGACAGUGGUGACGAUGGCGACAGCGACGGCUCGACGAGCGGUGGAAAAGGAGGCAAGGGCGGCUCAGGCAGCAGCGGUACGCCUGGCGUUGCGACUGCCACCGACAAGCUCGACGCUGGCCGUUUUGCCACCGCAACCAACUCCAAAUACAUGAUCCCAGUUUAUCCCUCUGCGACAAACACAGCGCUGUUCGCUGCACCCACGAUUGACUCCAGGGCUGCCACCUGGCCUCAAGAUCCCGAACAAUUCGAUAGCCCCAGCCCACUCAACGUCAGAAGGGACCGACCACGGCUUAUCGCGCCUGCCUACAAGUGGGAGGCGCUCCCCGACUUGAUUCGGGCAGACCCCUACCUCGCCGGCUGGAACGAGACCAUCUUCCGCAAUGCCUCCGACUACCACGCCCUCCCGCCCGUCCGAUACUUCAUGGACGGGGACAGCGGUAUCCUCGACAACGCCCGUGAAUUCAAGAUGCGCAUCAAGGCCUUUGCCUACGCCUGGCGUCUCUCCCAAAACACUCGCUGGGCAGACCGUGCCUGGCAGGAACUCCAGCACGUUGUUGGCCCCGACUUUGGCCCCGAUUCUGAUAUCAAAUGGCACCCAACCCACUUCCUCGACACCGCAGAGUUCUCUGCUGGCUUCGGUAUCGCCUACGACUGGAUUUACGAUUUCUGGACAGACGAACAGAAGGCGUUCAUCCGUGACAACCUCAUCCGAUACGGCUUGUCCCAUGGCGCUGCUGUCUUUGAGGGCGGCACUGAUUUCGGUUGGUGGGCGGGCGAUAUCACUGGUAACUGGAACUGUGUGUGCAACGGUGGUCUCACCCUUGGUGCACUCGCCAUCCUCGGAGACGACACCACCGGCACCGCCGAGGCCAUCCUCCGCAACACCGUCGACAACGCCAAGGCCAACUGUGUCCGCGCCGUCACCGACGACGGUUCCUGGCAAGAAUCCACCCACUACUGGUACUUUGGUACCACUGGUCACGCCGAGAUGGCUUCAGCCCUCAUCACCGCCACAGGCUCGCACCACGGCCUCCUCGACCAGAACCCCAACUACUGGCGCACGGGUACCUUCCACAUGUACGUCUUCGGCCCGACCUCACUCUUCGAGUUUGGCGACCACGGCCCCAACAAGUUCUCCACCACCGCCAACUCGAUGUUCCUCCUCGGCGACCAGCUUGGCCACCCCGAGUUCAUCCUCCACCAGCGCGAGCAGGCUGACGCAGCCGAGCCCUGGAGCAUGUUCUGGUACAACCCCGCUGUGUCGGGUGCGUUCUGGUCUGGGCUCCCGCUUGACCACUUCUUCGAUUCGCCACCUGUGCAGUGGGCGUCGAUGCGGAGCAGCUGGACGGACAAGGAUGCCUCGUUCCUUGCUAUCAAGGCCGGUCUCAACCAAGGCCACCAGACGCAUAACGACUUGGACGUUGGAACGUUCGUCAUUGAUGCCCUUGGGACUCGGUGGGCUGGUGAGCUUGGCUCGGGCGAUUAUCUCUCUGCCGAUUACUUUAGCAGUGAGGCACAAGAUGCGGAGAGGUGGAAGUAUUAUAGGAAACACACGAUGGGCCAGAACACCUUGAUGAUUGGACGCGCGAACCAGAAUGUGGAUAGUGCGCCUACGGUUAGGCAUGAUUCGACUGGGGAUGCGCAGGGUUCGAGUACUGUGUAUACACCUGGCGAUGAUUCGACUGCGUUCUGGACUACGGAUAUGACCAGUGCUUAUUUCGAUGCCACUUCUGUGAAACGAGGAGGCCGCUUCCUCAACGGCCGCCGCCAGAUCCUGAUCCAAGACGAAGUCGACGCGCAAGCCGAGAUCCAAUGGCGCAUGCACACCAACGCGACGAUCUCCAUCGAUUCAUCUGGUACCUCCGCCACGCUCACUCUGGACGGCAAGGAGAUGCAAGUCAUCCUCCUCGAUCCCCCUGCUGGUGCGCGGUUCAGUGAGCAGCCGGCUGAUCGGCAGGGUAUUGAGCCUAUCCCGGCGUUUGGUGAUCAGGCGAAUGAUGGGGUUAGGGUGUUGAGUAUUGUGCUUGAUGCUGGGAGGUAUACGUUGAGUGUGUUGUUUAACCCGCAGUGGGAUGGUAUGAGUGCGGGUGACUUUGUUACGCCUGCUGUUGUGCCGUUGGAUGAUUGGAGUUUGACGAGUCAUAAUUGAUUGACCUGCGCGUAGUAUUUUGGACUGACUGACUGCUGUUAUGUUUGGAGUAGGAUGAUGAUGAUAUAGCUUACCACCCCUCUGACCGACCUAUUGACCAUAGUACAGACACUACUUUUUUUUCUUGUUUCUUUCUUUGGUCGACGAUUUUUUUUUCUUAUUCUAAAAUGUAAUAGACGUGCCUAGCAGGCGUGUCCGUUUAGAUACAUACAUACAUAGCCCUUUGGACUAUUUUUUACGCACUGGUUUUUUAGUGUGUUUCCUCGACGCUCGUUUGAUACCCUCGUUUUGUAAUUGUAUGGGAUACGAUAUGAUACGGAUUCUUUUAGUUCUCUCC